UUCCCCCAUCCACAACAAUUUACAGUUAGGUACAAAGAGGAAAACACAGUUGCGUCAGCAUUUUAGUUACAAUACGAACGUAAAGGUGCAAUCAAGAUAGUUAUUAUAAUUUCUGGAUAUCUCUACUCUGUCAUUGUGGAGUAUUGUGAGAAGUAAUUAAGUGAUUGUUGGUAGUUCUACUAAUAAUUCAUCAUGAAUUCCACCGAUCUUUUAAAGAUCUUGGGUAUUGAGGUGGAUCAAAACGAAGUCACUGAAGUACCCAGAGCAAAAAAACGCCGACUUGAUCACCUAACAUGGGACGAAAAAAUUCAAAGAAAAAAAUUGAAAAAUCGAGUAGCUGCUCAAACUUCUCGAGAUCGGAAAAAAGCAAGAAUUGAGCAGAUGGAAAGUGCAAUUACCGAAUUGUGUACCAGGAAUGAAACACUGAUGUCACAAUGCGAAAAUCUUAAAAACAUGAAUGAAAAAUUAUCUCUGGAGAAUGCUGAGCUUAAAGCAAGAUUGAUGGAACCAUGUUUGAGUUGCAAACAAAACCGUUCUGUUGGACCUGAGUCUGAUGAAGGAUCUUCUGAAUCCCUUCUUCUGCCGAUGGGGUCAAACACAGGUCCAGCAGCGGUUUUGUCCAAAACACAAACAUUCCUGAAAAUAGCACUAGUGUGCCUUCUCUACCGGAAUUGCUUGAUGAACUCGACAGAGACAUCGACUUUGAAUCAUUGGAGCAACUUGCAGAGAGCCUCCUUGAAGAUAUCGCCAAAGACUUGGAAAAUGCUGCUGAGGAAGCAGAUUGUCAAGUAUCAAAACCUGAUGAAAGUGCAAGACAGGGAAGUUCCAGUCCAGUGGUGGGGCAAACAUCAGAAGAAUUGGAAUCCACUAGAAGUACUGUGCUAAGCACAGUAAAUGAGAAGUCAUCAGACUUUGACAUUUCCCAGUAUCUCUUACUACACCAUAACUACACAAAACCGGGCCCGGAUCCCAGAGAAUUGACAAGACAGAAAAGAAAAUAUAAAAAGGAAUCUAAAUCACCACGCAAUCAUUCAAAA